CGUAACUUUUUCACCAUGGUGUGCCAUGUGCGCAUGCGCAGUGUUGUGACCGCGCAGUUCCUUUCUGCUCCGGACGUUUGAAAGCUGGCACGGCGAGAGGAGCUCCAGCCUGCUUGUGCCUUUACUUCUCUAUCUUCUGUCUGACGCGCACGCAUUAGUCUGCCACCAGCCACAACAGGAGCAGCUGAUGUCUUGCACCUGCGCUGAGUGGAGUAGUGGCAGCCAACCCAGACAGUGCUUAAAGUCAGCUGACACGUCACCUUAAACUGUGUGGUCAAACAUGGAGCUGAAUGAUGGUAACCUACAAACCCUCACAGAGUUCCUCAGGAAAACGCUGGACCCAGACCCAACUGUCAGACGUCCAGCUGAGAAGUUCCUUGAGUCAGUGGAAGGAAACCAAAACUACCCCUUACUCCUUCUCACAUUGCUAGAAAAGUCCCAAGACAAUGUAAUCCGUGUGUGCGCUGCAGUCACGUUCAAAAACUACAUAAAAAGAAACUGGCGCAUUGUUGAAGAUGAGCCUAACAAAAUUUCUGAUCAAGACAGAACAACAGUCAAAGCAAACAUCGUUAAUCUGAUGCUAAGCAGUCCAGAGCAAAUUCAAAAACAGUUGAGCGAUGCCAUCAGCAUUAUCGGAAGGGAAGACUUCCCUCAGAAGUGGCCUGACCUUCUAACAGAGAUGGUGACGCGGUUUAGGAGCGGAGACUUUCAUAUUAUCAAUGGAGUGCUACGUACAGCACAUUCUCUCUUCAAGAGGUAUCGACAUGAAUUUAAGUCAAAUGAGCUUUGGUUGGAGAUCAAACUCGUUCUGGAAACAUUUGCUUUACCUCUGACAGAGUUGUUCAAGGCCACCAUUGAGUUGUGUCAGACUCAUGGCACUGACGUCAAUGCCUUGAAGGUCCUCUUCUCUUCGCUCACACUCAUAUCCAAACUUUUCUACAGUCUUAACUUUCAGGACCUUCCUGAGUUUUUUGAAGAUAACAUGGAGACCUGGAUGACCAAUUUUCACGCGCUUCUCACUUUGGAUAAUAAACUUUUACAAACGGAUGAUGAGGAAGAAGCGGGACUUCUGGAGCUCCUCAAGUCGCAGAUCUGUGACAACGCUGCUCUCUAUGCUCAGAAGUAUGAUGAAGAGUUCCAGCCAUAUCUUCCUCGUUUUGUCACCGCCAUCUGGAACCUCUUAGUUUCUACCGGCCAGGAGGUUAAAUAUGACUUGCUGGUGAGCAAUGCCAUCCAAUUUUUGGCAUCGGUCUGCGAAAGGCCACACUACAAAAAUCUAUUUGAGGAUCAAAAUACAUUAACUAGCAUUUGUGAGAAGGUCAUUGUGCCCAAUAUGGAGUUUAGAAGUGCUGAUGAGGAGGCCUUUGAGGACAACUCUGAAGAAUACAUUCGUCGGGACCUCGAAGGCUCUGACAUCGACACUCGUCGCAGGGCGGCGUGUGACUUGGUACGAGGUCUUUGUAAGUUUUUUGAAGGUCCAGUUACAGCAAUCUUCUCCGGAUAUGUCAACUCCAUGCUGGCGGAGUACGCAAAGAACCCUGGAGUGAACUGGAAGCACAAAGAUGCCGCCAUCUAUUUAGUCACCUCGCUGGCCUCUAAAGCACAGACACAAAAGCAUGGAAUAACUCAAGCCAACGAGCUGGUGAAUUUGACUGAGUUCUUUGUGAACCACAUCCUUCCAGACCUAAAAUCCUCUAACGUUAAUGAAUUUCCAGUGUUGAAAGCAGACGCCAUCAAGUAUGUGAUGAUCUUUAGAAGUCAGCUUCCUAAGGAGCAACUGCUACAGGCUGUUCCUUUACUGAUAACUCACCUGCAGGCAGAGAGCGCUGUGGAGCACACAUAUGCUGCUUAUGCCUUGGAGAGGCUGUUUACUAUGAGAGGCCCAAACAACACAACACUCAUCACCCCUGUAGAAAUGGCACCUUUUACUGACCCACUGCUCGACAAUCUGUUCAAGGCAAUGGCACAUCCUGGUUCAUCAGAAAAUGAAUACAUUAUGAAAGCCAUCAUGCGUAGCUGUUCGCUGCUCCAGGAAGCCAUCGUGCCGUACAUUCCCACACUAAUUGAUCAGCUCACUCAGAAACUCCUUUUAGUUAGCAAGAACCCGAGCAAGCCCCAUUUUAACCACUACCUAUUUGAGUCCUUGUGCCUGUCGGUCCGAAUCACCUGCAAAGCUAACCCCGCCACCGUCGGCAGCUUCGAGGAAGCCCUCUUCCCGGUUUUCACAGAGAUCCUCCAGAACGAUGUCCAGGAGUUUCUCCCAUACGCGUUCCAGGUGAUGUCUCUUCUUCUGGAGAUCCACUCCAACUCCAUUCCCUCUUCCUACAUGGCUUUAUUCCCACACCUGCUGCAGCCUGUGCUGUGGGAGCGCACAGGAAACAUCCCCCCUCUGGUGCGCUUGCUUCAGGCAUACCUGGAGAAGGGUGGAGCCACUAUCGCAACAUCUGCUGCUGAUAAAAUACCUGGAUUGCUGGGUGUUUUCCAAAAGCUUAUAGCCUCCAAGGCUAACGACCAUCAAGGAUUUUACCUGCUCAACAGCAUCAUCGAGCACAUUCCCCCAGAAUCCCUCAUUCAGUACAGAAAGCAGAUCUUCAUUUUGCUCUUCCAGAGGCUUCAAAGCUCCAAAACCACCAAGUUCAUUAAAAGUUUCUUGGUAUUUGUCAACCUGUAUUGUGUCAAGUACGGAGCGAUUGCGCUGCAGGAGAUUUUUGACAGCAUCCAGCCUAAGAUGUUUGGUAUGGUGUUGGAGAAAAUCAUUAUUCCAGAGGUUCAAAAGGUGUCUGGAACAAUUGAGAAAAAGAUUUGUGCUAUAGGCAUCACAAAGAUCCUCACUGAAUGUCCAGCCAUGAUGGACACAGAGUACACUAAGCUCUGGACCCCACUGCUCCAGGCCCUUAUUGGUCUAUUUGAACUGCCAGAAGAUGACAGUGUACCGGAUGACGAGCAUUUCAUUGACAUUGAAGACACUCCCGGCUAUCAGACCGCUUUUUCACAACUGGCCUUUGCUGGAAGGAAGGAGCACGACCCUGUCGGGGAUGCUGUUGGCAAUCCCAAAAUCCUCCUUGCUCAGUCCCUCCACAAGCUUUCUACAGCCUGUCCUGGAAGGGUUCCAUCAAUGCUAAGCACCAGUCUAAACGCUGAGGCCCUCCAGUUCCUGCAGACUUAUUUACAAGGAGCCAAUGUGCAACUGGUGUGAGUUUAAAAUGAUUUUUACACUGUUGACUACAAGUUGAACCACAGAAUCCCCGCAGAGGUAAUCAUUUACAAAUGUGGCUUUUCUCUGAUGUUGGUGAGUAGUUUUUAAACAUUUUAAAGACUACAAAGACCAAAAAGCUACGACAACAUAAACCAUGUCUUGAUUUUUGAGGCAAAAGCUGGAGAAAAAAAUCCCUAAUUGUUUGAGUAGUUCUGACAUUCAUCACUUUUUCAACCGGAAAUAACAUUCACUGAACAUCUGAUUUUCAAAUAUAUAUAUAUAUUUUUUGAUGGGUUGAAUUUUCUUUUGCAUGUUUUCUGGAGCUUUGUUCAUGUCUCGUCUGUUUCAGCGCUGUCUUUCCUGUGAAUGAAAAUAAAAACAUGCACUUGUA